CGUUUGAAAUAAACACAAAUCGUUUUUAAAAGUCCAACAAUAGAAAAUUGCCAAUAAGCGUUAUUUCAUAAUCUCCAUUUGCCUACAAUAAUGAAUUUAGAGUAUAUAAAGCCUGGAAUAAAAUUAGAAUAUGCUGAUAAUAUAUUUUAUUCGAAACAUAUUACGUUUGAAGAACCGAUGAAAGAAGAAAUUAAUGUAGAAGACGAGGUAUUUCUAAGGGCUACUCCCACCUCAUUUACCGCGUAUGAUGACUUGAUACUAGAAGGACCGAGAAUGUGUUCAUUGUGUGAUGGAGUUUUUCCAAAUAGUUUUACUUUUCUGCAGCAUAAUAUAGACCAUAUUGAAGUGCCUUUAAUAAAAUUAAGUGUACACACCUGCAAGAAAUGCAACCACACGUUUCAUUCGAGAAGUGAUCUCCGUAAACACACACAGACCCAUAAAUCUAGUUCACUAGAAUUACAACGUUGUGAUAUAUGCGAUAAGAACAUCACACGUAAAUAUUGGUCUACUCACAUAGACGAGGUGCAUGGGAUGUUAAGACUAGAAUGCGAAGUGUGCAAGAAAGUGGUUAAAACUCUCAAAACACUAAAACGCCACAUGAUGUUCAUACACAACAAGAUAUAUAAGCCAUGGAGGUUCAGAAGGCAGGCAUGUGAAACAGACGAUGAGUACCAAUGUAGGAAAUGUCCGAAGAUAUUCAAACAUAAGUACUCCUUGCACACGCACAUGAAGAAUUGUCAUGCAGAUAUUCAGAUACAGUGUGAUGUGUGUAAAAAGACGUUUUCAAGUAAACCAUACUUAAAUACACACUUGCAGAGGGUGCAUUUUUUUGACGGGGACGAACAUGCGUGUGAUAUAUGCGGGAAGUCGUUCAAAUCGAAGCGUAGAGUGUGCAUACAUAAGAAGAAUUCGCAUAAGAACUAUAGAGCUUGAUGCCGAUGUAUAGAGCUUGAUUCUUUGGAAUAUAUAUAUUUUUUUAUGUUUGUGGAGAAGAGGCUUAUAUAUACUUGUAUGUUAAUAGUAAUAAUAUAAGUCUGAAGGGGCUUGUUUGUUAGUUUGAAUGCACCUAUUGCAGGAAACACUGGACCAACUUAAAAAAUUCCUUCACUGUGUAAUACGUACAUGAUCCUUGAGUGCCUAGGCUAUAUCCGGUCAAAGCCCGGAUGGACUGUUAGGGUGUUUAGGGUACUACAAUGUGACUGUUGUUUAAUCUUGUUCAUAGGAGUUUUAGAUCAUCUUAUUAUGUAUAUAGUGAGCAAUGUGUAUCAUUUACAAUCUUUUGUGCAUUUAAACUAAUGUCUUUUUCAGAAAAUAAGAAUGAUUAUGCAAUCGACAUUUAUGAAUAUCUAAGGGGCACCCCACGCCAUUUAUUACCUUAGGCACAUGAAACCGAAAGAGUAGAAGAAAUUCGAUUACAGUGGCGGGAUCACGGGUGGCCGAGAGGCUAGGCGUUGCUACGGUUAGGCAAGAAACGCAGGUUCGAGUCCUGCCUCGUGAUCGAUUUUUUUUCUAUUCUUUCAAAAUUUCCCACUGUUUUAAAUAGUUCAGUUGGCAGCCCUUGCCCUCGCCCCUAUAUAAGGUUAUGAGUAUAGAUUAUUCAGUGUAUACUGGAAUUGAUUAUGAGUUUGUAUUUGAUUUAUUCUGUAAGUAAUCGAUUACUACGACAUAGUAUUAUAGGUUUAGUAGGUAGUACAUGAAACCAUUUUUAUAAAGUAACAUUAUAGGCAUAUUGAAGCUUGUUUAUAGUUUUGAAGAUUAAAGAGUAGGUUCCUUUAUAAGUUUUGUAAUGUAUGUGUAAGAAUUUAUGCAUUAUGUUAAAGGAAUUGACUGACGAUUCAUUAAAGAUUUUAAGACUAGAUAUAAAAUAUUGUUGUUGGGUUUUAAUAAUACAGGG